CCCAGCACAGCCCAGAGCAUGAAAAUCCUCCUCAUUUCCGCUCUUCUGCUGCAUUUCCUCCAACAAGGCAGCAGCAGAGGGAAGUUCUCCGGAGCAGAGCAAUAUGAAAUCGUUUAUCCGCAGAAAUUGCACGCGGUGCGCAGGAGAGCUGUAGGAGCGAGCUCAGAGAGCAAAUACGAUGACACGGUGAAGUACGGGAUCAAAGCCAACGGAGAGGAAGUGGUGCUGCUGCUCCGAAAAAAUCGGGAUCUCCUGGCUGCGGAUUAUUCUGAGACUCUUUAUUCUCCUGACGGCCGACAAAUAACAACGACCCCUCGCAUCGAGGAUCACUGCUACUAUGGGGGCCACGUGGAGGGUGAUGCCGAGUCUGUGGCGAGCAUCAGCACCUGCACAGGGCUGAGUGGCUAUUUUGAGACCCGUGGCCAGAAGUUCCUCAUCGAGCCCCUGGGAGCCUCAGACGGGGCCGAACACGUGGUUUAUAAAUACGAGGCCCUGAAACAAGAGCCCAUCAAAACCUGUGGGCUGCUCAACAACUCCUGGGAGCAGGACUCCAGCGACCCCAUCAAUGACAUCUUCAAAUCCAGCAACAGCCCAGAGAUGAAAUCCUACCUGAAAGCGAGGAAGUACCUGGAGCUCUACGUCGUUGCAGACAACGCUUUGUACAAGAAAUAUGAUGAAGAUGUUAAAAAUAUAAGAAAAAGGAUAUUUGGAAUAGUCAACUACAUCAACACGGUUUAUAAAGCCAUCAACACCCACGUGGCUCUGGUUGGCCUGGAGGUGUGGACGGAUGGGGACAAGUGUCCCCUGAGCAGGAACGCGGGCUUCACCCUGGACACCUUCUCCAAGUGGCGCCUGAAGGAUCUGCUGAAGAGGAAACGGAACGACAACGCUCAGCUCAUCACAGGCCUGGACUUCGAGGGGACCACGAUUGGAUUGGCCUUCCUCAAAUCCAUAUGCAGUGAUUUAUACUCUGCAGGUAUUAUUCAGGACCACAACAGGAACGAGAUUGCCGUGGCAGCCACGAUGGCCCACGAGAUGGGGCACAACCUGGGCAUGAGCCACGACACCGAGGCGUGCUCGUGCAGCGACGACGUUUGCAUCAUGACAGACACCGUCAGCUCCGUGAUUCCCAAGGAAUUCAGCUCCUGCAGCCUCCAGAGCUUUGAGAAGUUCAUGCUGGCCGACAUGCCGGGCUGCCUGACCAACAUCCCAGAGCUGAGCAGCAUCAUUGCUCCUCCCUCCUGCGGCAACGGAUUCGUGGAGAAGGGAGAGGAAUGUGACUGUGGCACUCCUGAGGAAUGCACGAACGAGUGCUGUGACCCUGAGAGCUGCAAGCUGAGCUCAGGGGCUGCCUGUGCACACGGGGAAUGCUGUGAGAACUGCCAGUACAAGAAGUCGGGCUCGGUGUGCCGGGCGGUGAAACACGAAUGCGACCUGGCCGAGAUGUGCACGGGCCGCUCCUCCAGCUGCCCCGCGGAUCGCUUCAGGGUCAAUGGGCACCCCUGCAGCUUCGGAGAGGGAUACUGCUACAUGGGCACCUGCCCCACCCGCGACAGCCAGUGCAAGGCUGCCUUCGGGCCGCAGGCCACGGACGGCUCAGCCUCCUGCUACCACAUGAACGAGAGGGGGACUUAUUUUGGAUACUGCAGGAAGGAGCAGGGCACUCACCUCCCGUGCAAGAAAAAAGACAAAAUGUGUGGAAAGCUCUACUGCUCCGGAGGGAGGGAGAUGCCUCGGGAGGGGAGCCUGCUGACCUUCAGCUCCUGCAAAGGCAGCUUCCCCAGGAGCGGGGAGGAGGACCCAGGCAUGAUCCUGGAUGGAACCAAGUGUGGCGAUGGGAUGGUGUGCAGCCGUGGGGAGUGUGUCCAGGCUGAGGAGAUCUUCAGAUCCACCAACUGCUCUGCCAAGUGCUCCGGCCACGCUGUGUGUGACCACGAGCUGCAGUGCCAGUGCGAGGAGGGCUGGGCACCCCCCAACUGCGACAGCUCCUCAGCCCUCACCAGCAUCGGCGUGGCUGCCGGCGUGCUGGCUGUCCUGGCUGUCACCGCAGCUGCUGCCGUGCUGCUCACUCGCUUCCGAGGCUUCCACAAGAGCCACCGGACCAGGAGAGGACCCGGAGCCACCAACCAGGUCUUUGUGGAUCAGGAGCAGAGCUGCCGAGAGCAGCCUGUGCUGGUGCCACCUGCGCAGAAGGUAAUCGAUAAGAAAGUUCUUCCCGUGCCUCCACCUCAGGAAAACAAACCCCAGCGCCAGAGCCCUGCCCUGAGGCCCAAAGGUCCCCCACCUCCCGUUCCUGCCACCAAACCCGGCUCUUCCCACCCGCAGGAGAAGUUUGCUCCGGAGAGAAAAGCUCCUCCCGUGCCGGUUCCCAAAGGAAAACCGCCGCCGCCGCCGCAGGCUUUGAAGCCCCCGAUGAACCCCAGAGUCUGAGGAGGCUUCCCGAGCAGAGCUGGGCGAGGCUCCCGAACUCUCCAGGGACGAUUUUCCCCUCGAUCCCUCCACUUUUGGCAAAGGCAUCCCAGACCAUCUCCUUCUUCUCCUUAAGAACUGACCGAGAGCCGCCGGGAAAGAUUCGGGAUUUCCGGCGGCGAGAGGAGCUCUGGUGGUGGUGGUGGCACGGAGCUGCUGCCCGAGGGAGGCGGAGCAGGGUCACCGCUCGCACUGAGGUGUAAACUGGGAGUAAGUUACAACAAAAGCUGCUCAACGCCCCCAGCACCGCGGGACGAGGCUCCUCUGGGACCAGAGCUGAGGGGAGCAGGGAAAUCUGCACCUUUGGGAACUGCAAACUUUUUUUGGUUUGUUUUUUUUUUUUGUUUUUUUUUUUUUUGGCUCAGUUUCUGGAUCUUUUUCCAGCCCUCUCUGACCUCAGCAACACAAAGAUUUCUCCUCCACGUGGGGAAGCGCUGGAGAAAAACAAACCCUUCCCGCCCUGGGGCGAGGAGUUGUGUCCUCAGGGUCUGAGCUGGACGUGGAAUGAGUAACGGGACACGCUGGGAAUGGCUCUGGGAAGGUCCUUUGGGGCUGGGUUCUCUCCACAAUCCUUAAAUUCCCUGUCGAGGAUGCCAUUCCCUGCAAAACACGGAGGCGGUGGGAUUUCAGUCCUCGGCGCGGGGAGUGAGGUGGCGUUGGAUGAGGAUGGACGCUACUGGAAGAGCAGAGCUUCCUUCCUCUGUGGAGAACUGCUGCUUUAUCCGAGCCAGGAACGGAUUGGAAUCUCCACCUGGGUUGGACUGGGGUGUUAAAAAUCCAGAAGUUGGUUUUUGUGAGCUGUAAUUCAUGUAUUUACGGAGAUUUCUGUAUUAAAGUUGUGUCUGA